UUAAUUCCGAGAAGAGGCCUUCUCUCCCGACUUAGCGCAUACCAAAGGAACCUAAAUAUGAAAGGAUGUGGCCUUUUAAUUCAAGAUUUCAAAAUCUUGUUCAUUAAUAGCAAGAUUACCACUAUCAACAUACUGUCUUUAUUGGAAAAAUUUCAGUGUUAGGUGUAAUUUAUUUAGGAAUUUGGUGUAAUAGAGCUGACGGCGUAGGCAAUUAAUGCCCGGACUUCAAUUUUGACCGCAAAGAUAAUAGAGGGUAAGAAUCUUUACUGCAGGACUCAGGAAUUGCUCGACACACCAAAACCUUGAAACCCUUUUCUUGUAGUUGUAUACAAGAUCAACUUUUUCUGAUAAAGAGACCUAUCAGAGUAGGGUUGUUAAAAUAAUGGCUAUUUCUACUCAAAGAGAUAGCGAUCGCUUGUUGUUUAAGGCAACUAGACCACAUUUUUUCAAGAUCGUUCUGAAUGAUGUUAUUCGUGACAAGAAGCUUGGAUUCCCAAGGAAGUUUGUGAGGAAGUAUGGAGAUAUUUUGCCAAAUACUGUAGUACUGAAAGUACCUAGUGGUGACAUAUGGAGAAUAGAGUUGAUCAAGUGUAAUGGUGAAAUUUGGUUACAAAAGGGUUGGCAAGAAUUUAUGGAGUUUUACUCUUUAGCUUUUGGAUUUUUCCUUGUUUUUCAAUAUGAUCAGAGAAAUUGCCAUUUCAAUGUAAUCAUUCUUGACACUAGUGCUUCGGAGAUAGAUUAUCCAUGUAGAAACAAUGGUGAAAAUGAGGUCCCUAUUGAUCUUGAGGAAGAAUUUGUAGAGCCAAGAGUUGAACAAGUUGAAAAAGAUGCCUUUGUUGAAAUCUUGAAUGCUUUUUCAUCAAGCCGGAAAAGGAAAGAGAAAUCACCGGUAUCAUCAGGCCAGCCACUGAAGAAGAAAAAGCUAGAAAAUCCCACAAGACAAUAUGAAGCUAAUACUGGUAAUGGAAGCAUGAGUGUAGUAGUUGCAAAGACGCAACAAUUGAGUAGUGAUCAGAAAGCUUAUCUGCUUAAGAGAGCAAGGGUUGCUUUCAAUUCUAAAAAUCCCGCUUUCACGGUCACACUACAGUCAUCAUAUAUUCAUCCCGGAUAUCAAUUGGGUAUACCAGCAGGCUUUGUCAAUCAACAUGUCGAUAAAAAGUACAGUGAUGUCAUCCUCAAAGCUAUGGAUGGGAGGAGUUGGCCUGUCAAGUGCUAUAAAUCGAAAACAAAUGGAAGAACAACUGCAAAACUCUAUAAUGGAUGGAAGAAAUUCGCGCAGGAAAAUCGUUUGGAAGUUGGUGAUGUUUGUGCUUUUGAGUUGGUCAGUAGCAAAGAAACUACAUUUAGAGUUGUCAUAUUCCGCAAUGGGAAAGAUGCAAGUAGCAGCCCAUCAUUCGGUAACAGCGAGGAAUUGAAUCAUGAAAAACAGAAUGCGACCUGUAAGAAGAUAAUUAAAGGGACUUAUGAUGAAGCUGCAAACAAACUUACAGAAAACAUUCUUCAAAGUGGUCAUCAAGUCAGGCUAGCUGAAGCGUUUCCCUCUGAUUCAGUCAUCAGAAUAAAUCAAAUAUUGAUGAUUGAGAUGCACAUGUCCGGUUAUGUUACCAUGCACCAUUUUCACUUGCCAAGCAUGUACCACUGAAUUUUAUGGCAAAAUGUAGCAAUCAAAGCACAACGAACGUAACGUUACAGGUUAAAAACAGACAGUGGGAUGUGAAACUUAUUAGUUAUGCCUCUAGAGGUAUAUUAUCAGCCCGAUGGCCUGCAUUUGCACAUAACAAUGUACAAGCAGGUGAUGUUUGCAUCUCUGAGUUGAUUAAUGCCGCAAAAGGUCUCGAUUUUGAGGA